AUGAGAGAUAUAAUAGUUUUAGGAGGAUCCAGUCAUCCCAACUUAACCAAGUCUAUAUGUAGACAUUUAACUGUCGAACAAGGGAUUGUUGAUAGCAAGAAAUUCAGUAAUGGUGAAACAUCGAUCGAAAUCAGAGAUAGUGUAAGAGAAAAAGAUGUCUUCAUUAUACAAAGUGGAUGUGGAGAGGUUAAUGAUAAUUUUAUGGAAUUAUUGAUCACUAUAGCUGCUUGUAAGACUGCCAGUGCUAAAAGGGUUACAGCUGUUUUACCAUUAUUUCCUUAUUCCAGACAACCAGACGUACCUCAUGCUGCAAGUUUAACAGGUGCUCCAUCUAUGGCAGUUAAAAAAGAUAAAUAUACUUUUGAAUCGGCUCCUGGGACUCCAAGACCUAUGAAAUUCGAAAAUGGGGAUAUUUUCAGUAAUGUACCACCUCCGUUAAAUUUAGAAAAUCCUGCUUCAGGUGCUACUUCAGCUUCAAAUAAUUUAAUUAACAGAGCUAUUGGUGGAUUCAAAACUACUUCAAUAAUAACAAAUUCUGCUUCAGUUAGUCUUCAAACUAAUAAAUUACCAUCAGUAGAUAUAUUUGGUAAGACUGAAAGUGGUUAUAAACAAUGGAUAGCUCAAAACGGUACAUUAAUCGCUAAUUUAUUAGUUACCGCAGGUGCUGAUAGGUGUAUAACUAUGGAUUUACAUGAUCCUCAAUUCCAAGGAUUCUUCAAUAUCCCAGUCGACAAUUUGUACAGUAAACCAUUGUUGAAAAGAUAUAUUAUUGACUAUAUACCAAAUUAUCAAGAAUGUGUUAUAGUAAGUCCUGAUAGUGGAGGAGCUAAAAGAGCUACCAGUAUUGCCGAUUCUUUAGGUUGUUCAUUUGCUUUGAUUCAUAAAGAAAGAAGGGCUAAAAUCUCCAAAACCCCACCAGGAAGCAAUAGUUCUAAUAGCGCUACUCCCUUAAUGCAUUCAAGUAGUUCAAUCAAUUUGAUCAAUAAUAGUGGUAUGGUUGCAACAACUAUGUUGGUUGGUGAUGUUAAAGACAAAGUAUGUGUUUUAGUUGAUGAUUUGGUUGAUACUUCAUAUACUAUAACACGAGCUGCCAAAUUAUUGAAAGACCAAGGAGCUUCAAAAGUUUAUGCUUUGGUAACUCAUGGAAUUUUCAGUGGAGAUGCAGUUAAUAGAUUGAGUAAAUCAUCUAUCGAUAAAAUCAUUACUACUAAUACUGUACCACAAAUUGAACAUUCACAGUCUUUAGGCGAUAAAUUAGAGGUAUUAGAUGUCUCAAGAAUCUUAGCCGAAUCCAUCAGAAGAAUCCAUAAUGGUGAAUCAGUUUCUAUGUUAUUUGAUCACGGUUGGUAG